AUGGACGGACUGAACGCCGCUGAGCAGCGCGAGCUGCAAGGCCGCAUGGAGAAGAAGCAGAUGAAGGACUUCAUGAACAUGUACUCCAACCUCGUUCAACGAUGCUUCAACGACUGCGUCACCGACUUCACCUCGAAGAGCCUCCAGAGCAAAGAAGAAGGAUGUGUGAUGCGCUGCGUCGACAAGUUCCUUAAGAGCUCUGAGCGAUUGGGAGAGCGCUUCCAGGAGCAAAAUGCCGCCAUGGCGCAACAGGGACCCGGCGGCAUGGGCUUGGGCAGAUGAAUGAAGUGCUGCGUGUUCCAGUGUACGAUAGCAUGAGAGGGACAGGAACUUUGUUUGAAGAGGACUACUGCAUGGCACGGCGUUUGCCCACAAAUCGCGUGGUAGCGGAAGGUCCUUUGCUGCCCUUGAUCUGGGGAUCUGGUGGCUGACCGUCUGCUCCAAGAACACAUCUUCCGGCCCGGCGAUCGCAACGCAAGCCGUUCAGCACAGAGACCUCGAAGAAACUUGCCGAGGCUGUAGUCAUACUUGGAUCCCGCUCUACCACCGCACAUAGGCAUACUCAAUCCUUCGGUGUCAAGCCUCGUAGACUCAGGUCGUACACCACGUCUUCGACCUCCUUGACCUUGUAUUUGAUAAUAUCGCUACGCUUGCGCAAGGCAUCGUUCUUCAGAUUGAGGAUCUGGAAACCAGCAUGG